CUUAGACAAGACUGACCCGUCCCGAUAUAAUUUUUUUUUCUUCUUCUUCGCUUGGGUAACGACUUCGCCUCAAGCUAUCCACCCGUCGCGUCUUGCAAAUAGACAGGCUAUAAGUUAGACUUAUACGUCCUAUGAACUCGGUUCAUCUCAUGACGCUCUGUUUAUCUAUUAUCUUAAAUCCCACCCGCGCGCAUAGACUUAUGUGCUCUCUUCCACCGAGGUAACAUCAUUUGCAGGCGACUUGAAGUCUUUGCGCUUGCAGUAGGGGGACGACAGAAAGACUUAGACGAAUAUAAUUCAUUUGGCGCAUUUGCAUUUAAUCAAGAUACCCGUCUCGCUUGUUGAUUUUGUAUGAGAUUCUCAGAUAUCUCAUCUACUACCGUACAGAUAUUCCGAAACACCUUUAAACGAGGUCAUCAACACCAAGGAUAUAGCCGGAUUCAGCAAUUCGAAAUGGGCGAUUAUAAUAAAACAGGCCAAUUCCAGGCUCCUACCACUACCGUCGAAAUAACAGGCGGUAGCACUGCCAAUGAGAGCCGUUACGGUGCCACCGAUGUUGAUCGUGCUACAAAUGAAGCCGUCAGCCACGGGUUGCAGCAGAUCGAAGCUAGGAAGUUCCAUUGGUAUUCAUACUUUACCACUACCGACUUCUGGAUCGUCCUCUUGCUAGGCCAGACGCUCUCACUGUGCAUCACAGCUACCAACACCUUUUCGACCUUCCUAGCUAACGGCGGCGUUUCCAUUCCAGCUUUCCAAACCGUCUUCACCUACAUCCUGCUAUCGCUCAUCUAUCUAACAUAUACGCUCUAUACCUACGGCCCCAAGAAAUAUGGCAAGAUACUGCUGCGGGAUGGCUGGAAGUACUUCAUUCUUAGCUUUCUCGAUGUUCAGGGUAACUACUUCACCGUGCUGGCCUACCGCUAUACGAACAUCCUGUCCGCGCAGUUGAUCAACUUUUGGGCCAUCGUGUGUGUUGUCAUCAUCUCAUUCAUCCUAUUGCGCGUGCGGUACAAGAUCUUCCAGAUCCUCGGCAUACUGAUCUGCUGCGGUGGUAUGGGAAUCCUACUCGCUAGCGACCACAUCCAGGGCACUAAUGGGGGUGAUGGAGAAAAUAUGCUGAAGGGUGAUUUGUUUGCUCUGGUUGGCGCUACAUGCUACGGUCUUACCAACGUUUUUGAGGAGUGGUAUGUCAGUAAGCGACCCAUGUACGAGGUGCUGUCUUUCAUGGGUCUCUUCGGCAUGCUUAUCAACGGCGUGCAAGCGGCUAUUUUCGACCGCGAGAGUUUCCAGCAGGCGACGUGGAGCAACUCCGCGGCUGGGUACCUGGUGGGCUACACGCUGGUACUCGCAUUCUUCUACUCGGUGGUGCCGUUCCUUCUGCGUAUCGCGUCAGCGGCUUUCUAUAACAUCUCGUUGCUAACAGCCAACUUCUGGGGCACUAUCAUCGGCAUUCACGUCUUCGGUUACGCGAUCCACUUCAUGUACCCGAUCGCCUUCGUCUGCAUCAUUGUCGGCCUCAUCGUGUACUUCCUCGCGGGAAGCAUUCUCGGCGAGUCCAAGAAGCCUUGGCUCGGUGACAACCAGGAGGACGGUGUGGCAGGCUUUGGAACCGCGAAGCUCAAGGCACUGAAUGAGGCGAGGAAACAGGGUAUGGCCCCGGCGACUAAUGAUACGGUUUAGAGUUGUAUAUGUAUCUAUGUAUCUUGGGUCUUGGAUAAUGUUCAUAAGGGGGGGAGUUAGGAAUUGAAGGCUAUAAGAUACCAAUGCCUUUAGCUAACCUAUUCCCUCGUAUUUUUUCUGUGUUUGAGAUCGAUAGUAUGUAAUGAAAAUAUUGAUCUAUAA